CAAAAUGGCGAGGCCCCGCGUCGCCGCAGCCCUUCAUGCUUGACACCGAUGGACCCUUACUGCGAGGCCCGACGCCCGACGGAUGCCCCUCCCGUCCCCGUCCCCGUCCCCGCCGGCACCCUCACUCUCCCGAACUGCCGCACCAGCGCCGCCGCUGACGUCGGCUGCGCGCCGGGAGCAUCGGACCGUCCAUCACUCCGCUUCGCCGCAGGCCUUAUGACGCCCCGACGGCCUACUGCAGCGGGGCCAGAUCUCGGGCAAAGCCAAAGAGGGUCCCUCAUCUCGGCCCGACGUCCCGCCGACAAAGCCCCAAGCCGCACUCCGCACCCAUCAUUCCUCUCAUUCCUCGGCCACCCACCUCACGCACUUCCUCUCCGCCACCAUCCUUCCCUCCCUCCACGCCGUCGUAUAGGAGUCUCGGCAGCAGCGACGGUGCCAGCCCUGCUGUCGGAUCGGCACCGGAGGCAGAGCAGCGCAUGGCACGAGGAUGUCUGUCAUGCCACAUAGCGUGCAGGUCCGUUGUUCACGAGGGAGCAAAGUUGGACCUGUAGCAUCGUGGCUUGAAGGGAGGAGCGCACCUAGGUGUCUACCCGGCGAACAGGGUGAGGGCUCGACGUGCGGCCUCGAAAGCAGCAGCGGGACGUGGGAUGCUGCGAGGGCCUGCAGGCCUGCAAGCAUCUCUGAACCUCGAAGCAUUCGCUCAGCGGCGUAUUCGCAUCACAGCCUGUGCUCUUUGCCGU